AUGGCGGUCUUUGGCAUGGUCUCGGCUGUGUCCGGCUUCAUCAAGAUACGCUAUCUGCUGGACAAGGCGGUCAUCGACAACAUGGUGUUCCGGUGCCACUACAGGAUCACGACCGCCAUUCUGUUCACCUGUUGCAUCAUCGUCACCGCAAACAAUCUGAUCGGCGAUCCCAUAAGUUGCAUCAACGAUGGCUCCAUACCGAUGCACGUGAUCAACACCUUCUGCUGGAUUACCUACACUUUUACGAUACCUGGCCAACAGCAUCGGCAGAUUGGAACGGACGUGGCCUCUGCGGGUUUGGGCAAUGAAUAUGGCCAAGAAAAGCGCUAUCACAGCUACUACCAAUGGGUGCCAUUCGUGCUAUUUUUCCAGGGCCUCAUGUUCUACGUGCCCCAUUGGAUUUGGAAGAACAUGGAGGACGGUAAGAUCCGCAUGAUCACCGAUGGACUGCGUGGAAUGGUCAGUGUGCCGGAUGAUUAUCGACGGGAUCGUCAGGAUAGGAUCCUCAAGUACUUUGUAAACAGUUUGAACACUCACAAUGGCUACUCCUUUGCCUACUUCAUAUGCGAACUGCUGAACUUUAUCAAUGUGAUUGUGAAUAUCUUUAUGGUGGAUAAGUUUCUGGGCGGUGCUUUCAUGUCCUACGGCACGGAUGUGCUUAAGUUCUCGAAUAUGGAUCAGGAAAAGCGUUUCGAUCCCAUGAUCGAAAUCUUCCCCCGACUAACCAAGUGUACGUUCCGCAAGUUCGGUCCCAGUGGAUCGAUUCAGAAGCACGACACUCUCUGUGUGCUGGCAUUGAAUAUCCUCAACGAGAAGAUCUACAUCUUCCUGUGGUUCUGGUUUAUCAUCUUGGCCACCAUCUCCGGCGUGGCUGUGCUGUAUUCACUGGUGGUUAUCAUGAUGCCCACCACCCGGGAGACCAUCAUCAAGCGUUCUUAUCGCUCAGGACAACGCAAGGAAAUCGCCGGAUUGGUCAGACGUUUGGAGAUUGGUGACUUCCUGAUCUUGCACUUCCUUAGCCAGAAUCUCAGCACAAGAUCGUACAGCGAUAUGCUGCAGCAGCUUUGCGGCCUCCUCGGAGCAUCCCGAACCCCCUCGGCCCCAUCGACCCUGGAAAUGAACCCCAUCAGCCAUCCGAUAUACCCGCCCGUGGAGAGCUUCGGCGGCGGCAAGGAGACGGAGACAUGAGCCAGUUCAUCCGGAUUGGCUUCCAAGCAAACAACAAUGAUUUCAAUGAUUUCUCAAUAAUAUUUGUAGGGGGGAUGAGAUGAGAUAGGGAGAGGAGUUGUGUGUCAUGAGGUUAGGCAUUUCCAUUUCUACCACUAAGACUGCGAGAGAGAACGAAUCAACAAUUGCACUUUCGGAGAUCCAACUCAAUAAUAUUCUAUGCGAAAUAUAUUUAGCAAAAUUAUAAGGAAAUAAUCUUUGAAUUCGGUCCUAGGCAAGAGAAAGACAGGUGCAGUUCGUCAUUGACACGAGGUGAGCCACAGAGUGAGACAUUGAGGGAGAAGACACAAUAAACAUAAAAAACAUUAAAAAAAA